CCUUAUUAGUGCACGUACGAAAUGCACACUCGAAUCCACGGUAUCGUUCUAUCAUUUUCCAAACUCGAUUGUGUUUUCAAUAAUUUUUUCGCGAACGAGUCGUCACGCGAAAAACGCCAGGUAAAUAACAUCGCAACAACGAUAGAACGCCUAAUUGACCAGUACUGUCUGUGCGGCGUGCAUCGUUCGUGAGAGUCUGAAAUAAACACACGCGCAGGUGAACGUAUCCAUUACGACCGACAUGAUUUUUAACGGUGAAAAAGGCGAACACGUAGAUCGAAGAUCUAGAUGCAACAUAGAUUUUGUAGCAGGCAGAAGGUUUAAUUGUAAGAUUCGCCAAAGUACGAGGAAUUAAAAGAAACACGUGACCGCGAGCGAAGCCGAGAGUGAGCACAAACAAGCGGCACGAUCCACGAGACGUGACCAGCUAUGUGUUGCGUGUGACGUAUGACUUAUUCGUCGAUGACAAACUGACCGAACCAUUAGCCGAUCGAACGGUCGUGUGCGCGGCCAAGGGAACAGUUACGAUCGAUCGGUAGAAAUAUCGUUUCUGAUAUGUAUCCAACGUGUCGAUGUGUUCGUGCGCCGAUCGAUAUUGAUUGACAGCGUUUCGACACACAGUGCGUCCGUAAAAGGAGAAACGUGACACUAAAAAAGAACUGAACACAGGAAGAUACGACGCGAGGACAGAACGGAACGAAACGGAACGAAACGUGAAACACGUCAGUGAUUGGAAUCAAGAUGGUACUGGAAAGUACGAUGAUAUGUGUCGACAAUAGCGAUUACAUGAGAAAUGGAGAUUUUUUACCAACUCGACUUCAAGCACAACAAGAUGCCGUUCAUGUGGUCUGCCAUUCCAAGACACGUUCAAAUCCAGAGAAUAAUAUUGGUUUAAUAACAUUGGCCAAUACCGAAGUGUUGGCCACAUUGACUAGUGAUGUAGGCAGAAUUCUAUCAAAGCUCCAUCAAGUUCAACCAAACGGUAAUUUAAAUCUAAUUACCGGAAUACGAAUUGCACAUCUGGCAUUGAAACAUCGCCAAGGUAAAAAUCACAAAAUGCGCAUCGUUGCUUUCAUUGGUAGUCCAAUCGAGGUCGAUGAAAAAGAACUAGUUAAAUUAGCGAAACGGUUGAAGAAAGAGAAAGUCUGUGUCGACGUGAUUAGCUUCGGCGAGGAAAGCGUUAACAGCGAAGUAUUAACAGCCUUCAUCAAUACACUCAAUGGAAAAGAUGGCACAGGCAGUUUCUUGAUUACUGUCCCACCUGGACCGCAUUUAUCGGACGCGUUGAUUUCUUCUCCCAUCAUUCAAGGAGAAGAUGGAAUGGGUGGUACAGGCGUGGGAGGAGCUGCAUUUGAAUUCGGGGUCGAUCCAAACGAAGAUCCAGAGUUGGCAUUGGCACUACGUGUUUCGAUGGAAGAGCAACGGCAGCGUCAAGAGGAUGAAGCACGACGCGCGCAGUCUACUGAAGUGACUACAGUCCAGCGAGGAGAAACUCAGAAAGCAGCUCCGAAGGAGGAAACAAUGUUAAAGCGUGCGCUUGCCAUGUCGCUCGAGGGUCCCGAAGAUUCGUCUUCAGCGUCAGAGAAUACUACGCCCACUAGUGGAAUCGUGCCUGACUUCUCUCGUAUGACUGAGGAAGAACAAAUUGCUUUCGCUUUACAGAUGUCCAUGCUUAAUCAAGAUCAACAAGAGCUCGAGUCUUUGAAAGAAGAGUCAAUGGAAAUCGAGGAGGACUACGCUGCCGUCAUGUCCGACCCAGCUUUUCUGCAAUCAGUUCUAGAAAAUUUACCUGGUGUCGAUCCCCAUUCUGAUGCCGUCCGUCAAGCCGUUGGAUCUCUCCAACAAAACAAGGACAAAGACAAAGACAAGGAGAAGGAGAAGGAAAAGGAGAAGGAGAAGGAUAAAGAUAAGGAUAAGGAAAAGAAAUAAAAAAAAACUUGUGCUCCUUGGAUAUAUAACUCUAUGUUAAUCCCUGUUUUGUGAAUACAUGUAUACCAAAUAUAAGUUUUCAAUUUUUCAAAACUUCA